UAUCACUAGAAUUAGAGUACUCCACACUAGAGCUAUAUGGGUACUUUAGUUAUCACUUGGUGAACUAUCAACUAUCACAGGAGAGGAGGGUAGCGGCCUUGCUCUGAAUUGAAUAUUUUCAUUGUAAUUAUGUAUUGUAACCAAAGCAUUUAAUCUUGUACAUUUAAUUGUGAUACCUAUCUUCGUUUCAAUUCGGGGUUUAAAAUCUUGAAGUCAUGGAAAAAUCCGUCGAAUGGCAGCAACAUUUGCGGGUCAAUGCUUCAGUGAAUAAUCCUCAGCACUUUUUCCAAUUUAAUCUUGAAGCACAUAAUAUUUGCUUUUAAAAUUGAAACAUCAAGGUCUGGUAUCUGCGUCCUUACCUGCACUUUCCAAUCAGUUUCAAAGAAUGACAUUUACCGAGAGCAUUGAUAAAUCAUUGAGCCAGGAAAUUAGCUGCUCAAAACUCAACACGAGGAAAAAUGUUAGCAAUGGAUUAUGGUUAACAGUGCUUUUACCAAGUUGUGUCAUUACCAGUAGCUUCAAGUACUCUCCCACCUCUGAAAUUUACAAGACAAGUUCAAUCAUCACCAUUGGCUUAUUAAUCAAUGCUCUGUUUGGACUGUUUCAUCGGGAGGAAAAACCUUUCAGGCAGAUCGGCCUAAUUGUGUCAUCUUUAGUCUUGUCUUUGAUUUUCACUCUGUAUGCUGACCAUGGCAUCUUGCUGAAUUUAAUCUUUUCUAUUUUAACAUCUGUCAGCUACCACCCAAUCCUCUUACAACUCAUUAUUUACUGUCCAUCCAGCUUCACCUACGGUGAAGCAUCAAUUGUUGCUCAAGCGUGCCUUUUAUUUCUCGUUUCAUCUUUCAUCAACAUUUCCUCAGCUGUGAUUUAUCCUUGUAAAACUUGUUUCGAAAUCGCCACAUUAAUCUUGCAAGUUGGACUAAUAGGAAUCUUAAUUAUUUGCAUUUCCUGCUUCAUGAUCAGAUCACUUCGACACACAUUAUCCUUCUAUACAUUCUCGCUUGGAAUAUUUGUAGGCGGAAUUAUUCCUGCCCUGCACUUUCUCCUAGGUUUCAGCCCUUUACUCUGGAUAAUAGACUUACUCACUAAAGAUGUAUUAACAGUUGUCCUCGUCAGUUACUGGAUCCUUUGUUGUGCAGCUGCAGUUUUAAUUAUAGCAAUUCAAAUAAAAAUGAGCACCAAAGCAUCUACAUCAGUCAGAAAAUACUUUCAUGUUUUAGCAGUUUCCGUUUUCACUCCUGGACUAGUGGUCAAUCCGUGCCUUAUAUAUUUAUCCAGUGGAAUCGUGUUUGCACUCUUCAUUAGCAUCGAGUUGUCCAGAAUUCUACGGCUGCCCCCAUUAGGGAAUUCGCUCCAAGAAGCCUUUCAAAAUUUUGCUGAUGAAAAAGAUGAGGGACCUUUAGCACUGACACCCAUUUAUCUUCUAGUUGGUUGUUCCAUCCCAGUUUGGAUUCAUCCUCAUCCUGUAGAUAAGUGUGAUCUGAUACCCCUUCUUGCUGGCAUUCUCUCAAUAGGCAUUGGAGACACAGCUGCCAGUGUUUUUGGAUCUAAAUUUGGACGUCGCCUAUGGCCAGGUACUAGAAAAACCAAGGAAGGAACAGUGGCUUGCAUACUAUCUCAAACCCUAUUCUUAGUAACGCUAGUUUACUUUAAUGUUUUAACAUAUACAUGUAUAUUUCAUCCAAUCACAGCCAUUACAAUAAUUUCUCUGGUUGAAGCAAAGACUGAUCAAGUUGAUAAUAUUGCUCUCCCAUUAUUGAUGUAUCUCCUUUUAAUACUCUGAUUCGACACUGAAUUCGUGAACUUAAUAAGGCAAUGAUCACAGACUAGGCGGCUCUCCAACUUUGUGUUUUACAAUAUCUUUAAAAAUUCUGAAUAUUCGUGAACAUGUUCAUAUACGAGGGGGCAAGCCCCCUGGCUGCUAGGCAGCCUAAUUGUCAGAGGGCACAAUCCCGCUCUCUAAGAUCUGCUUCGCUCAAGGUAAGUGAAACGAAAGUAUGCUAUUCCCGACCCUUUUGGGUAGGACUCGGCUUUCGGUUCCCGCCGCUAGAGUUGUGACGCAAAGUUUAAAUUUCAAGAAUUUUGCAGUCUUGGCCGAAAACAAAUAUGGCCUCCUGCUGUUGAUAAAUGAAAAAAGCAGCCGAAAUACUAAAAGCAAAUGAAUGUUCAUUUUUAAAGAAUUCGCUUGUAUUAAAUUUGUUUGUUUUAAUCAAUAGCAGACAGUUAUAUUUGUUUUCGCCCAAGAUUGCAAAAUUGUUGAAAUGCAAACUUCGCGCCACAGCUCUAGCGGCGGGAGCCGAAAGCCGAGUUCUGGCCGGGAAGAGCAUACCUUUGUUUCACUUACCUUGCGCUUUGCUAGCCCUUGCAAAGGAGACCCUAGAAUCUGAAUAGGGCCGGCUUAUUCAGUGUUAAUCACCUAUUAAUAGCUGCAAAAAUCAUAGAAUUUGGCCCAGUUCGCCGGAACAAACUAAGACAAAAAAUGAAAAUGAAAGUGGCUAAAGAGCUUAUAGAAGGUAAUGAUUCCAUUAUUCGACACAUUCAUGUAUAUAAUUUAAACUCUUGUGAUUACCAUUUGAUCCAGUUUAAGUGAUUGCUCCAUGGAACCCAGUUUUAAAUGUAGAUGCAAUAUUUUUUUAUUUAUUUAUUUUUUUUUUAUUUGGGAAGACCAUACGUCAAGAAGUGUUUUAGUAAGAGUUCAUGAUUGCUUGCACCCUUUCACAGGUGACCAGCUUAGCUGAAUUCUGAUAAUGUUACCUGUCCUAAAUUAUUUAAAUUGCCAAUAGUGAGUCAUAAAAAUUGGAAAAGAAAGCAAUCAGAAUUCAUAGCCCAGCCAAUUCUCUAGGUUUGACAAAUACUUAUGUAUUGUCUGUUUCAAGUACCCUACAGAAUUAUCUUCAGUUUGAUUAUUUUAUAUACUUGAUGUUCUUUCAGUUGCCAAGAAACUGAAGUAUCCCUCUUUCAUUUUGUUAUUUAGUUAUUUUUAAGUUGAGUCAUGAUAUUUUUUAAUGAAGGUGUAAUUUGAGACUAAAGAGACAUGUCUUUUUUUCCGCGCAGUAUUAAAACUGUAAAUGAAGCGA